CCGUAGUGACGCGCUUCGCUCGCCGGCUCUGGCGUGGCGUGGCGUGGCAGCUGCAGCGCGGCUGGGCCAUGCCCCCCCAGGCGCGGCCCACUCCUCUUCGCCCUUGUCUGCCCAGCCGGGAGCGGUGGUGCAGCGCUGGCCGGCCGGACAUGGAAGCAGGCCCAGGGUGACUUAACAGUUUCUGGGGGGGGGAAGGAGGUGGGUCUGUGCAGGCCCCGCCCCCGGCCGGCAGCCCGCCCCACGCCACGUCUGACCAUCUGACCAGCCGUGGGGGCGGCCCUGUGCAGCUCCUCCCUGGGGCGGAGAAGGAGGCGAUGAUGGCGGGCGAGCGCCUGUUACUGGGGGAUGACUUCCUGUCUCCGCCAACGCCUCCGCCGCUGCCUCCGCCGCUACCGCUGCAGCCGCCGCCAAUACCCUCCCCACCGCCGCCGCUGCCUCCGUCUCCUUCUCCACCGCUGCCAGAGCUCGAACCCGAGCCCGAGCCGCAGCCGGAGCCCGAGCCCGACCCGGAGCAGAAGCUUGAGGAGUCUUUGGCUCAAUGGCGCUACAGCCACGAGAGCGACCGGCAGUGGGGGCUGAGGCGCGAAUUCAUCUGCCGGCACCUGCAUAGCUACACCGGCCCUGGGGCGAUUGAAAAGCUGCUGUCCCUAUCUACCGCCUGGACGAACCACAUCUUCCUGGGCUGUAAGUAUGGCCCACAGUUGAUGGAGAAAAUCCUACAGAUGGCGGAAGGCAUCCAAAUCGGGGAGAUGCCUUCCUUCAAAUUGGUGGUGCCCCAGCCCCCUAAAGUGCAGAAGCGGCCCCUCUCUCCACAUGCUGUCCCGAGCCCUCCCAAAAAGAAAGCACUCCCUAGAUUCCUGAUGAGACCUCGGUUUGAGCCUGUACAUUUUGUUGCUAGUAGUAAGGAAGAGGAGAGAAAGAAAGAUCCCACAGACUCGGGAAAUGAAUGGGGAGAUCCACAAGUUGACUCUAUCAAAUGGCCAGUAGACAGUCUCAAAAGUUAUGUACGGGACAGAUUCCGUGCCAGAUUUGGAAAGACUCUAUUUUCUCAAACUCGGUUUUCUUUUGUAGAGAGGAAACCUACAACAAGCAGAACAUUCACAAACUGUGGGGACCCUGCCACAAAUAGCUCAAGUUCUCAGUCAGUUGCUGAAUCUUCUUCUGCAGCAACAUUUCCACACUUAAUUUUAGCUACAAAGCAAAGUUUUAUUGAAAGACUUUCUGGAGCUGUCCAGAGAAACCUUCCUAAGAAAGAGAUGUCUCAUAGAUCUGAGAAAAGUAGCUAUACAUUUAUAUUAUCUCGUUGUUUCCAGGCCUGUAAGACAAAUCCUGAGUAUAUAUACGCUUCUUUAAAAGAAAUCGCUCCUUCUGAUAUCCCCAGAAGUAAGAAAUUCCUGACUGAUGGCUAUGCCUGUGAAGUUAGGUGCCAGAGUGUCUAUUUGACCACAGGUUAUGGUGGUAGCAAGAAUGGAUCUAGGGAUCGAGCUACAGAGCAGGCUGUAAAACUUUUACAAAAACCUGUUGAAGUUAGAAUUGUUAAAAGGAAAUUCAAACACACUUAUCAUGAUGACUUAGUGGUAUUUCCAGCUGGCUUAUCUUCAUAUGAUUUUCCUCCGGCCCUGAGGGUCCCAGAAGACUUUCUCUCCAUCAGGAAUGAAUUUGGGCAGUUACACUCCAAUUCUGCUUAUUCCCUUUCCAAACGCUGGAAUAAUUUUGUCCUCAUAGAAAAUGCAAGUGAUUCUAUUGGUGUCCUUAGUAAGUCUGCUUCCUUCAACAGAAUGUCAAUUGAAUACAAAUAUGAUAUCAUGCCAAAUAAUUCAUGGCGCUGUCAAGUGUUUUUGGAAGGCCAAUGCUUAGCUGAAGGUUAUGGAAGCAAAAAAACAAGUAAAUAUGCAGCUGCUGAUGAGGCACUGAAUAUUCUGCAAAAAAUGAAAUCCAGCAUUGCAGCCACACAAGUUCAACCAGUAAGCUAUUCUACUAAGGAAUGUGGAAAGAGGAAAGAUUUAAGGGACCGAGUAGUUUAUGGGAAUUCCUCAAAUCCAGCAUGCACACUAAAUGAUACAACUCAGUUCAACAAAAUAACUGUUGAGUAUGUGUUUGAAAAGCUGACUGUCCUUCAAUGGAAAUGUAAGGUAAUGCUGGAGAAAGAAUUAAUUACAGAAGCAGUUGGAAUAAAGAGGGGUGUCAAGCAUGAGACUGUAGAAGAAGUUGUCAAAAUCCUUAAAAAGACUAGGCCAACUGCCUUUAACAACCUGAAGAGAGGUACCAUUGAAGACAUGAUCACAAGAAAUGAACUUCGGGGGCGCUCAGGAGAUGAUGGUUAUCAACAGGAGAUCAAAGAGGACAAUAUUGGAAAUCAGCUUUUGAGAAAAAUGGGCUGGAUGGGUGGAGGUUUAGGGAAAUGUGGUGAGGGCAUCUGUGAGCCAAUCUCAGUCAAAGAGCAGCAUAAACGAGAAGGUCUGGGUCUUGAUGUGGAGAAACCAAGUAAACUUUACAAGAGAUACAUUGACCAGAUCAUCAAAAACUAUGCCCAUUCAGAGAGCCACACAGACUUGGUUUUCUCAACAGAAUUUACCAGUGAUGAACGAAAGCAGAUACAUCAGAUUGCUCAGAAGUAUGGUCUUAAGAGUAAAUCUCAUGGAAUGGGGCAUGAUAGAUAUUUGGUGGUUGGUAGAAAAAAGCGUAAAGAAGACUUACUAGAUCAAACAAAACAAGAAGGCCAAGUUGGACAUUGUGACUUGCUUAUGCCUCAAGGAAAUUGAGGCCAGAAAUGUUUGCUGUGUGAAUGCUUAAUUAGAUUUUUUUUUUGAAAUGUUAAUUAAAGAAAUGCUGCAUUUUCUGGUUGCAGGAGAUAACUCAUUUUGAAAAGUUUUCUUUUGCUCAUUUCGUGAAAUGCUUUCUUAGGAGAAAUUGGAACCUAAAGAGCUUCAUUUAAUUGUACUAGCAUAAUCCUGAAGACAAAAUAGUGCUAUUAUUGUGUCUUGAUAUUACUAGUUCUUUCAGAUGUUAAUAAUUUGUAAUAAAAACACAUGUCCAGAAGGAAAGACUUGCUGCCAUUUAAAAUAUGGUUCCCAUCUUGCCAUUGGAAAAGAAAUUUGCAUUUUUCCCAAAAGCAAAAGAAAUUUGAUGAAAAUAUAGAAAGCUGGUAUUAACUGCAAUAAAAGUAUUUUGAUUUCUGGAAUUUCCCAAAAUGCCAUAUCAUUUUGUAUUUUAUCUCUUUUAAUUUGUGUGAAACUAGUUAUUCUAGAAUGUUAGAGUAAAUUGUCUAUAAUGUAUGUAUAAAAUGUCCUUACAGAUAAACAAUAUAAUGCUUUCUUAAAGUCAUUUUAGUGUUUUGACAUUAUAAUCGCUACCAUAUGCUUUCCAGGAUGAUGGGAGUGAGUUACUGUAUGUUAAAUCCAUUUGGGUUCCAAAUAAGUUGAGGUCUUUGGCCAUUGACAAUAUUGCUUGAUUACACUGAUUGAUGGAAACAUUGGAAGAACUUUUAAAAUUCUUAAAAUCAAACUGAUAAAAGAAAGCUUAAAUCACUUGUAUUCGUCACCUUAGAGAAUGUCAUAGCAUUUUUCCAUUGUAACUUUCACAGUGUUUGGAUGUGUGGGACAUCCAAGGCAACAACAACUGUGUCACAGCUUUGUGUAGUGCUGAAGACACUUAUACUUGGUGCUUUGCUUCAAAGGACAGUUGACUCAUCCCUCAAAAAGCUUACUAAAUGUUAAAGAAAAAUUUUGUACCAUGUUAACAGCUUUUAUUUUUCAUGUAUUUCUGAAGUAAUAUGUUUUCUGGAAUGUAAAACCAAUAUUAAUGAAACAAGUGCUCUUUUGAAUAAAAGGGGGCAAAGAUGAAAAUAAAAUGACUUGUAGUGCUUCACUGGGCAGCAGAAUAGCAAUUCACAUUUUCUCUCUGAAGUAGUGAAAUUGUUAGACACAUAAAUAUUUUAACGCUUGUUAAACAAACGUUAUGUAUGAUAGUUAAUUUUAAAUUCCUGUCAUGACAUCUUGAUCAACAGACAGGUACAGCUUGAUUGGUGUUAGUACAAAUAUAGUGUCCAGGACAAAGGAAGUGAUUACUCUACUGUCCAUAGCCUUACUGUUACUUUUAAUUUCACAGAGUACCUUUUUAAAAGACUGACAAACCAGGGGCUCCCUAGGGUAGUUUUGAAAUCGUCUUUAAGUUUCAGUUG